GAGAUUCCUGUACGCAAAUUCGGCAUUGAUGUUUCGGGAAUGAAUUCCAGACAACGCAAAUCAGUGGGAUACUGGUUGUUUCUUUGUGCAGGCAUGCUAACGGAAUCUGGCUUGAGUAUGGUAAAUUGGGACUUGUUUCGAUCGAUGAAGCCUCCUUUGUCUCAGAAGGAGUGGGAGGAGGAGUUUGAACGCUAUAAAAACUAUCCAGAAUACAAAUAUAAGUGCUCUUCGGAGGAAAUGACAUUGUCUCAGUUUAAGUUUAUUUGGCAUAUGGAAUAUGGUCAUCGUAUGUGGGGUCGUCUCACUGGCGUGAUCUUCCUUCUUCCUUGCAUCUAUUUCUGGGCUCGUGGAUAUUUCCCUGCUACGAUGAAGAGGCGUAUGGUUAUUGCUGCUGCUUUGAUGUUGGCUCAGGGUGGUAUCGGCUGGUGGAUGGUAAAGUCAGGUCUUGAUCCCUCUCAUAAUUCUGAAGCAAGCGUUCCUCGGGUCUCUCAAUAUCGGCUUGCCACUCAUCUCACCAUUGCAUUCUUACUUUAUUCUUUAUUCUUUUACAAUGGUAUAAGCCACUUUAUUUAUCCACAAGCACAGGUAAGUAAUACUCUUUUCACCUUUUAUUGUAGAAAUAUGUUUUUUUGCGAUUAUUCAGCUGGCAAAACUUCCAAACUUUCGGCUACUUCGUGGGUUGUCGCACAGCUCCAAAGCAUUGGUGUUUUUUACCGCAUUUAUGGGAGCGUUUGUUGCUGGGCUGGACGCUGGGCUUACCUGACGCUGUUGACAAUCACUGCUACCUGGGUGGUCGGAUGCCGCGCCGGGCUGCCUCGACGAGCUAGAUUUGUUUUACAUUCGACUAUGGCUAUGGGGUACAUCCAGGCGGCCCUGGGCAUUUAUGCACUGCUCUACUAUGUCCCAGUGUGGUUGGGUUCACUUCAUCAAUGUGGUUCAAUGGCUCUUUUGUCGUUUACCCUUUGGUUAACAAACGAGCUCCGCCGCGUUCCAAAGUGA